UGUCCCACCACCCCCCGCGGCCGGACUACAACUCCCAGCGUCCCCCGCGGCACCGCGCACAGUGGGCGUGGCCUCCGCCAUUUUCUCGUCGCUCCCUCAGCGGGUCCGGCGGUUCUUAAAGGGGGCACGGCCCGCGGUGGGGCCCACCGGGCGCGGGAUGGAGCGCGGAGCGGCGGAGAAGCCCCUCGCCCACGGGGGUCCCGCGCCGCUCCCGGAGUUGUCCCGGCGGCAGAAGCGCCGUGAGUUGGACGCGCGGCGCAGCAAAUGCCGCAUCCGCAUCGGGGGGCACCUGGAGCGCUGGUGCCGCCUCAAGGAGCAGCUCGGAUUCGCCCUCCACUCCCAGCUGGCACAGUUCCUCCUCGACAGGUACAGCUCUCACGGCUCCACCUGGAGCUCAGCAGAGUCGGAGCGGCUGCAGCCGGCGGCGCUGCAGCGCCUGGUGCUGCUGUCCCACAGCCACGGGCAGGAGUGCGGCUUCGUGCCCGACAUCCAGCUGCCAACAGCUGGCAGCGCGGCACCGCUGGUUUGGGAAUGCGUGGCCGGGCACCGCUUCUCGUGGGGCGGAGAUUCCGGCGAUUCCGGCGAUUCCGGCGAUUCCGGUGAUUCCGGGGCCGGUGGUGAUUCCGGGGACGUCGGGUGCGGCCCCACAUUGGGCGCCACGCGUCGGCGAUCGCUGCGAAGGGACGCGGCCGGAGCCAACGAGGACGGAGAGGAGGGAAUGGCCAAGUCUCACCAGGGUGACAAUGAGAUGGGAGAUGGGGGUGACAGCGGUGGCACAGGUGAGCACAUCCCGGUAACGUUUCUCUGAUCCCGCUCCGUGUCCGGCAGCGCCGUGCCGGGGGAUGAUGAUGGAGCUGAACCCCGAGAGGAAGAGGAGGAUGAAGAUUUUGACCUGGCUUACAGCGAUGAUCUACGUGAUGAGAAUUAUCACCCGUCCAUGGAGAGCAACUCGGAGCCGCAGCGACGUCAGAACCAACCCAAAACUCGCAAGAAGCCGAUCAAGGAGGAGCAGCCCCGGCUCGAGCCGCCCCUGCCCGGCUCCAACCCCUUGGAGGAGAAGAGCGGCCGGGUCAGUUGCGACCAAGACACGGCUCAGAUCGGCCCCAAGAGGAUCAGGAAGGCGGCAAAGCGGGAGAUCCUCCUCUGCGACUUCGAAGGCUGCGGCAAAAUCUUCUCCAACCGCCAGUACCUGAACCAUCACCAGAAGUACCAACACGUGCACCAGAAAACCUUCACCUGCUCCGAGCCCACCUGUGGGAAGUCCUUCAACUUCAAGAAGCACUUGAAGGAACAUGAGAAGCUGCACAGUGACCAGCGGGAUUACAUCUGCGAGUUCUGCGCGCGCUCCUUCCGCACCAGCAGCAAUUUGAUCAUCCACCGACGCAUCCACACCGGGGAGAAGCCGCUCCAGUGUGAAAUCUGCGGCUUCACCUGCCGCCAAAAAGCGUCUCUGAACUGGCACAUGAAAAAACACGACGCCGACUCCUCCUACCGAUUCCCGUGCGACGUCUGCGGCAAGAAAUUCGAAAAACGCGACAACGUCGCCGCCCACAAGAGCAAAAGCCACGCCGGGAAUUUUGGGGACGGAAUUCGGAACCAACCGGAGCCCCCCGGGAACGCGGAACCUCCGGAGAUUUUUGGGAAUGUCCCAGGGAGAGGGAGGACCCCGCUGGAAUAUGGGGCGGGAUCUGGGAAUUUUGGGAGGAAAAAAGGGGACUUGGGGGGAAAAAAUGGGAAUUUGGGCUGAAAAAUGGGAAUUUUGCAGGGGCAAUCAGGGAUUUUGG